CAGCGCUGCAAUCGGUGUCCUCAAAGGGGACAUGUACACUGAUCAUCAGGGCACCUGUCAGUGUCCAUCAAUGCCAUCUGUCAGUGCCCAUCAAUGCCACCUGUCAGUGCCCAUCAGUGCCACAUCAAUUCCACAUAUCAGUGCCUACCAGUGCACAUCAAUUCCACAUAUCAGUGCCCAUCUGAGCUGCCUUUCAGUGCCAACUAUCAGUGCCAGUCAGUGCCACCUAUCAGUGCUGCCAAUCAGUGCCACCUAUCAGUGCCAGUCAAUGCCGCCUAUCAGUGUGCAUCAGUGCCGCCUAUCAGUGCGCACCAGUGCUGCCUAUCAGUGGCCGCCAGUGCCGCCUAUC